AUGUGCGCGGUUCUGACAUUUCAGAGUCAUCCCCGCUGCUCGCCGACCUUUGGUCAGAUGAAGGCGGGCGCGACUUGGGUGCUCCUGACGUUCAGCUCGCACCCCCGGUGCCGCAACUUCACGGCGAGGGCGGCGGCCGUAAGGGGCGGAGACAUCAGCACGAGCAACUGUGGUCCCAACUCGACUUGCUCCAUCGCGGGACUGCGGCCGGGAACCGCGUACCGCAUCGCCGUCACCUCGGCCCGAGAUGGCGCGGUAGGAUACGCGGAGGCCCGAACGGUUCCCGCCGCGGUAUCGGCGCUGUCCGCAGCGUCGCUUCCCGACGGCGCCGGGUUGCGUCUCACCUGGACUUCCCCCGCCGGCGACUGGGACAAGUACAGCGUGCUGCUGCGGAACGGGUCGGCCGUUCUGGCCAACGAAAGCAUCGGCGCUCUGAGUCGGAGCUACGAGUUCCCCGCCGACGUGACGGGUUUAGUGCCGGGUCACGCGUACGGCGCCGAGGUCACGGUGCACAGUGGCGGGCUCGCCGCGACGGCACGCUGCCGAGGACGACUGGCCCCCGGGCCCGUCCGGCAGCUUCGUGUCCAUCACGCCGACGAGUCCUCCGUCCGUGUCCUGUGGCGGCCUCCUUUGGGCGAGUGGGACGGCUUUGCGGCGACGGUCCGGGCGGCCGGGUCCGACUCGACGGCGGCUCGGAACCUCCUCCCCCGCGAGGCCUCGGGGUGCGCCUUCGGCCGCCUCGCUUCAGGGCGUCUGUACACGAUCACGGUGAUAACCAGGAGCGGCGAUCAGAAUAGCUCCUCUUCCGUCGACGUGUGGACCGCGCCGUCUCAGGUCGGCGGACUGCGCCUGUCUAAUUGGGGAAGCACCGAGAGCCUCCUGGCCGAGUGGGAGCGGGCCGGCGGGGGCGCCGACUCGUACGAGGUCCUGCUGGUCCACGAGGGCAGCGUUAUUAAGAACCGGAGCCUGCCGGCGAACGCCACGAGCUGGAGCUUCGGCGACCUGAGGCCCGGCGCCUCUUACAAGGCGGUGGUGACGACGGUCCGAGCGGGACGCCGGUCCAGACAGGCGGUCGCCGAAGGACGCACCGUACCCGCUGCCGUCAGUCAGAUCAGCGUCAGUAACAACGGCCGCACGGAUUUCCUUAGCGUGUCGUGGCGACCGGCUCCGGGGCAGGUGGACAGUUACCUUUUGGCCCUGAGGGACAGAAACAAGAUCCUUCACACGCUGGCGGUCUCCGAAUCCAGUCACCAGUGUUUUUUUAGCUCCUUGGUGUCCGGACGCCUCUACAACAUCACCGUCAGCGCUCGCAGCGGGACCUUCCAGAACGACACCUCCGUACUCGGGAGGACACAACCCUCCAAAGUACAGAACCCUACGGCUACCCACGGCGCCCGAGACGACUCCCUCAAGGUGUAUUGGCGUCCCGCCUCGGGAGACUUUGACCUGUACCGCGUGUCCAUCCGUCACAACGACGCCACGCCACGGAAUCAGACCGUGUCCCGGACCCGCAACGAGUGCGUCUUUGACGGCUUGGUACCGGGUCGACUCUACGCGGUGGUGGUCAGUACCUGGAGCGGCGAGUACGAGGCCGGCGCCUCCACCCACGGCCGCACUCUUCCGGCGGCGGUGCGUUCCUUGCGGGUCGCCCGUCGGACCUCGAGGGAGCUUUUGGUGGCGUGGGAGGCGGCCCCGGGCGACGUGGACCACCACGAGGUGCGGCUGCUCUUCAACGACGCCAAGGUGUUUCCGCCGCUCACGCUGGGCGGCGCCGUGAACGAGUGCCUGGUGACCUCGCUCACGCCCGGACGGCUCUACAAGGUCUUGGUGUCCACCUUCAGCGGACCCGACCAGAGGACGCAGUUCAUCGAAGGGCGCACAAUUCCCAGCAAGGUGGAGAACCUCCAGGUGAGGAACGGCGGAGACGGCAGCAGUUUGACAGUGAGCUGGACGCCCGGCCUCGGUGACGUGGACGGAUUCGCGGUGGUCCUGUACGGACAGAACCGGCAGCUGGACGCGCGCUCCGUUCCCAAACAUCAGAAUCAGGUGUUCUUCGGCUCGCUCCGGCCAGGCCAGCUGUACAGCGUGGAGGUUCAGGCGCUCAGCGGCGACCUUUCUAACAACCAAACGGCCAGCGGACGCACAGUCCCGUCUGCGGUGACGGAGCUUCGGCUGGAGAACCCGCAGGAUUCUGGCGGCCUGCGAGCCAGCUGGCGGGAAGCGGCGGGCGUGCGCGACGGCUACUUUCUGCAACUUCUCGACGAGCGGGGCAGCGUCGUCGCCGAGGCCUCGCUCGCCGCCGAGCUGGCGGGCCACACCUUUGACGGUCUCACCCCGGGAAGGCGCUACGACGUCCUAGUCAAGACAACUAGCGGGGGAGUCCAGAGCGGCGGGGUCAGCGCCCGAGCUCGCACACGUCCGGCGCCCGCCACCCAGCUGUCGCUGAAAAGCAACGACAGCACCAGUCUGUCCCUGCGCUGGUCUCGGCCGACCGGCGACUUAGACUCCUACGACAUCCUAUUGCGCGGCGAUGACGGGGUUCUGCGCGAGCGCCGCCGGGCCGCGUCGUCCGCCCUGGACUGUUCCUUUCGAGGACUCGCGCCCGGUUCUGCGUACCAAGUGGCGGUGGUCACACGCAGCGGACAGAUGACCGAACAGACCAGCAUUUGGGUCAACACGGUUCCGUCCGCCGUCACCUCCCUGCGGGCCGAGAGCGGCCGCGACUGCGACCGGCUGCGGGUGUCGUGGCGACGGGGCGAGGGCGGCGUGACCGGCUACAGGGUGUCGCUGUCCGCCCCCGACGGGUCGCCACGGGCGCAGGAGAGGCUGGGUUCGGAGGCCGUCGAGAUGCUUUUCGGCGGCCUGACGCCGGGCCGGCUUUACCGAGUGGAUGUCCUGAGCCUCAGCGGCGAUCUGGCCAACGGCGCCAGCGUGCACGCCAGGACGGCUCCCAGACCUCCGAGCUCCAUCCUGUUCGGAGGGGUGACCAACACCACGCUGGAGGUCACCUGGACCCCACCGGCGGACUGCGACCUGGACGACUUCGACGUGCGCUGGACGCCGCCCGACCGCGGUUUUGUGGUCAACCCCUACGAGAGCGGCGCGUCCGGCGGCCGGAUCCUGAGAGGCCUCUUCCCCGGGCGCCUCUACAACGUCAGCCUGCGCACCGUCAGCUCCGGCGGCGAGGCUCCGCCCUCCUACAGCCUUCCAGUCUGGCGUAGCGUCCGCACCAAGCCGUCCCCCGUGACGGGCCUCCGCUGCCGCCCUCGGAGCUCCUCGUCCGUCUCCUGCUCCUGGGCGCCCCCGGAAGCCGACUUUGACUCCUACGCUAUCGAGUGCGUGCGUGAGGACACGCGGACGCCGGCGUACUCGAGGCGCGCCGACCGGGGGCGGGCCGAGCACGUCGUGGGCCCGCUGGAGCCUCACAAACGCUACGCCGUGUCGGUCAAAGUCAUGUCGGACGCCAGCGCCAGCGAGGCCGCGCGGGACAGCGUGCUCACCAUGAUCGACCGUCCUCCGGCACCCCAGAGGCGAGUGGACGCCGCGUCGGCGCUGGCGACCGAGUCGUCCAUCUUGUUCCGCUUUAACCGCAGCUGGUUCAGCGACGUCAACGGCGCCGUCAGGUUCUUCAGCGUCGUGGUCACCGAGUCCAAAGGCGAGGACAGCGUUUUGCCGGAGCGGCGCCACCCUCUGCCCUCCUACACCGACUACGCGUCCAACGUGUCCGUCCGGUCCUACCAGACGUCUCUGUUUGCCGCCGAAAGCUGCGGUGACGACAUCACGGUGGGGGCGGGGGCGGAGGCCCUGGGAGGGUCCUGCCGCGACGGGCCGGGCUUCUGCGACGGACCCCUCAAAGCCGGCACCGCUUACAGGCUGAGUGUCCGAGCCUUCACGCGGGCGUUCGACGGCGAAUCUCCGCCUCUGUACGCCGACACCGUCCUGUCUCUGCCCGUGCGAACGGCACCAGAGCCCGUCGCCGCCGGUGUCGCGGAAGGGAUCGCCGCGGCCAUUUUGGCGACGCUGGCCGCAGCGGCGGUGGCGGCGCUGAUCGUCCACAGGCGGAAGGCACGACGCAAAAGUCUGCAGGAGAGCAUGUCGGUCAGCAUGCGCGUGAGGAAAGAGCGAGCUUCGCCCAGAGGGGUCAGAGGGAAACGCCACCACGCAAGCAGCCCCAUCAAGGCGGACGACUUCGAACGCCACUUUGAGAAACUCCGAGCCGACGCCCACUUCCUGCUUUCCGAGCAGUACGAGAGCCUGAAAGACGCGGGACGCGAGCAAACGACCGAGGCGGCGCUUCUGCCGGAGAACCGCGGGAAAAACCGUUACAACAACAUCCUGCCCUACGACGCGACGAGAGUCAAGCUGGCCUACGUGGAUGACGACUUGUGCUCGGACUACAUCAACGCCAGUUACAUUCCCGGCGAGCAUUUCCGCCGUGAGUACAUCGCCACCCAGGGGCCGCUGCCGGGAACUAAGGACGAUUUCUGGAAGAUGGCCUGGGAGCAAAACGUCCACAAUAUCGUCAUGCUCACGCAGUGUGUGGAGAAAGGACGGGUCAAAUGCGACCGCUACUGGCCGGCGGACCAGGAUCCCCUUUACUACGGCGACCUGAUCGUCCAGAUGACGUCUGAGUCGGCACUUCCCGAGUGGACCAUCCGAGAGUUCCGCAUCUGCAGCGAGGACGAUCCUCGGCGGGUGCGUCUGGUCCGUCAUUUCCACUUCACCGUGUGGCCCGAUCACGGCGUUCCCGACAGCACCCGCUCGCUGGUUCACUUUGUCAGAACCGUCAGAGACUUUGUCGCCAGGAGUCCGGCCGGCGGACCCACCGUCGUCCACUGCAGCGCCGGCGUGGGACGCACGGGCACCUUCGUGGCGCUGGACCGGCUCCUGCAACAGUCGGACACGACGGACACGCUGGACAUUUACGGCUGCGUCUGGCAACUGCGCCUGCACCGUUCGCACAUGCUGCAGACUGAGCGUCAGUACGCGUUUCUUCAUCAAUGCAUCAGCGACGUGCUGCGAGCCAGGAACUUGAUUGUGUACCAAAACCUCGGCGCCGGUCAGGAGAGGGACCAGAGGAGGAAAGGGAAAGAUGGACGCGGCGGAGCUCGUGUAGCAGCGGGGGCUAAUGCUAAGCUAAGUGUUGCCCAUGCUAACGCCGUCGGAGCUGGAGCGACCGCCGCGUGUCGACUUCCGUCGCCCUUGGAGGCCUCCAGUCGGCUGCGAGUUGCUUUAGUUCUCCGAUUCCCUCGCCAAUCCCGCCCGCCCGUGACCGAGGUUCGCGUGCUGACCGUUGCGCCGCUGACCAUGGAGGAAGACCUCAAGUAG